AUGACGACUAACUAUUUGGUGCCAAACACUAAACCGAUUAAUGGAAAUGUGUUUCAUUCAUUCGAAAAGAUAAAUGAAAUAUUCGCAAAGAAUGACGGUAGAAGAUAUUAUAGAGAACUUGAAAGUUCAUGCUAUGACUCUGAUGCUCCAUAUUUUGAUGAUAAACAAACUCAUUUAAGAAUUACAAAUCCGGCUCAUGAUGUGAACCAAUUAGGUGACACAUAUAUUAAACGCAAAGUUAAAGCAACUCUAGUUUCAAAUAAAGCUUUCACAUGUGAUGCCGCUUUUAAAUGCAUGCGUUUAUUCGUUGGUUACAAAUCAUCAAAUCAAAGCUUUAAACAAUUAAGUAGAAACCGAAAGAGGGAUGCUGGUUAUCUUCAGAUGGAUUGCGCCCGUGAAUCUUUCGCAUUUGCAACAUAUAAACCAAAAUCAGAAAGGAAAGUUAAAAAGUUUGUUCAUUCGUUAUAUAAUAAUGUUCAAAAAUAUGAUAACUCAGUAUGUGGUAAAUAUAUUGACCCUUCAGAAGUUUUCAAGAAAGCAAAUGAAGAAGUUAAUAUCACUUUUGAUAUGAUUAUUCCGGUAAAUGAUUUGUUAGCAUUUCAGGCGUUCGAUGAUUAUCCUAAAUCGUUUGGUGAUAUCAUUCUUAAAUAUUAUGUUUUCAGGGAUACUUUAGUAUUUUGUCAGGUUGACCCGUUAAGAGUUGCUGAUUUACAAAAUUACGUUUAUGAAAAGAUAACUGAUGAAAAUUAUGAAAAGAUUAUGAAUC